AUGCAGCGGCAAAAAGUGGAGAUUGGGUCACCCGACGGGUCACCACCCACAGCGAGUACUACGAGCCCAAUAACCGCACCGCAGCGUCCCUCGUCGCCGCGUCAGUUUUUCGAACGCCUCUACGGGCACCUGGAAACGCGCAGCUCGGAGAACGGGGAGCACGACAUCGAUGUCGGCACCCACGCCCACAAGCCGCCCCCUUGUGACACGCCCUACCACAGCGACGGUGGCAGCGUCUCCUCGCCGGACAUCUCCAUCAGCGACGAACGCACAUCGCUCGCCGGCUUUCCCGCCUACGACUUCUACGCCCAGCACAAGGAUUAUCCCCAGCACCCGCAUCCCGCACAGCAGCACCAUCACCAUCUCCAUCAGCAGGUGCAGCAGAAGCUCAGCUAUGUGAGUCCACCGCCGGCCAUCAAUCCCGGCGUAGCAGCGAAUCCCGUCCUGCCCCAUGGCUUUCCCACUGGGUUCCCAAGCGAUCCGCACUUCAGCGCCGGGUUUACCGCAUUUCUGGCUCGAAGGCGCCGCAAGGAGGGCAGACAACGCCGCCAGAGGACCACCUUCAGCACGGAGCAGACCCUGCGCCUGGAGGUGGAGUUCCACCGCAACGAGUACAUCUCCAGGAGCCGUCGGUUCGAGCUGGCCGAGACGCUGCGCCUGACCGAAACGCAAAUCAAGAUCUGGUUCCAGAAUCGCAGGGCCAAGGACAAGCGCAUAGAGAAGGCCCAGAUCGACCAGCACUACAGAAACUUUGUCGUGGCCAAUGGUUUUAUGAGCUCUAUAAUGGGUCAAGCGACCACGACCAUGCCCCCCGGAGGCGUGGGCCUGGGCUACUAUGCCGCGGCAGCGACGUCGGCAGCGCUGCCCAAGGAUGGCACGCAGGAUGCUAGUUUCGUGGACAUCGACGACCAGUACGAGGGACAGCACCGCCGGCGGGAAACAACGACGCUUGUCAAUACUUGCUAA